AUGCAUACGUGCGGGUGUACCGCCAUGGCACUGCAGUGGGCACUGUCGUGGUGCUGCCUGUUCCACUUGGAUGCUGCCGCCGAUGUUAGUUUUGAGUCGCACGCUAUGAACUUUGUGCAGAGGAAGGCGUUUCCACGAUUUGCCCCACCCGCUACGGUCAUUCAAUACCUGCCAUCAAAGCCGUGGGAUGUGCACAACUACCUCGGUGUGGUGCACCACAAAGCAGGCUUCUUUCUUGCACCUGUAUGGACGCAAGUUUUCCAGACCCUCGGGGCGGGGACCAGCGACAUAGGUGCGUGGCAACAACCCUGUUAUUCGAGCCAAUCUUGUCAUUCGCCAGAAGCGCCAAUUCAGUUUUGGCUUGAUAUGUUCUCCCGGGAAAGGGCUCAGAAGGCUCGACAGGCCGUUGGUUCCAAAGGGCUGCGAGUGGUGGGAUCCGUUCGAGAUCCGGUGUCCAUGAUCGUUUCUGCGUAUUGCUACCAUCACCAUGGUCGCGAGAUGACCAAUCGUUUGUUUGCCCCGACAGCUCGUUUGUUGAUGCUGGGCCCAAGAGAAGGGCUGGUUGUUGUUGCGGAGCGGAUGCUCCCUCUUGUUGAGAACAUGACGGCCGCGUUUGAACAGCCAUCCAAUGACAUCUUCCGAUUGGACUACGAGACCGUCACCAACUCCUCUGAAGGCUUCGACCAACAGAUGGAGCGGAUGAUCGACUUCCUAUUCACUGGCCUCAUUACGCCAGAAGAGCGCCGCAAAGUCCUCAAGGCAACCCAGGUGGCAGAUGCACACCGCUAUCUGCGAACAGAUCAGGAGAACGACCCAGAGUGCGAGGAAGAGGUCCGAAAGUACGUACCAUCGAUGCCAGCUGAUCUCUUGGGGUACUACCAUUCCUUUCAGCAACGAUUAGGGUAUGCCGUAGGGUAA